UCCUGGCUCACGGGCAUGCACAGCACGAAGGACUACAUGUGGAUUCGCGACGGCAAGGUGAAAGCAUCGUACAUGCUGAUGAGCGUGGACUUCGAGCGCUAUGCUGACACCACGUCUGCGAUUGAGUACAAGAAGCUGUGGGACAAGUACCUCGAGGAGUUCAAUUUAGAUGCCUCGAUCUACACCAAGGGAGCCUGGCAUACCUCCAGCCUCUGGGUGCGAGCAGAGGCGCAGUCGGCACUUAUCUCCAGCACGAUUCUGACCAUUGUGAUUGUGGUUGGCCUGGCACUGCUGGGUAUGCUGGUCUUCACCCGGGACUGGAAGCUGUCGAUGCUAGUGGUGGCAUCAACCAUGUUGGUGGUCUGCAUUCUUUUCUGGUUCAUCGUGGUCGUCAUGGGCUGGCCGCCCGGCCCUCGGCUUUGGCACCCAGAGAGGAUUGGAGCCAUCGAAGUGAUCGCGCUCAUCGUCUUCAUUGGCUAUGCCUGGAUCCUGCUUUUGAAGCUUAUAAGUUUUGCUCUUGAACAGUUGUGGACGUUGCGAGGAGUUGCUCUAGCCCACAUCUUGUGA